AUUAUUUUUUAAAUAUAUGCUUACACCAUAUUUUUAGCACAUGAUCGCUCAAACACAAGGACAUGGUCGACUCACUGAACCGCCGUCCAGAGCCACGAUGUGGAGAUAUGGCUGGGAUAAUCCCGUAGAUUACGACGAUGCUCAAUCCUUCUGUGGUGGUUUCCAAGUUCAAUGGAACCAAAAUGAAGGAAGGUGCGGGAUUUGCGGAGACGCUUUCAAUGAGUCGACGCCACGAACCCACGAAGUCAAUGGAAUUUACGCAAAUGGCAUUAUUGUCGAUAGUUACACUGUGGGAGCCAUAGUGAAUGUUCAAGUGGAAAUCACUGUCAAUCACAAGGGUUAUUUCCAGUUCCGAAUGUGUUCUUACGCGGAAGACGGAGAAGACGUUGAAGUUAGUCAAGAAUGUCUGGACAGGUGAGACCUGUAUUAUUAGAGGCUUCUCCCUUUUUUCAAAUUUGCUCAGUCUAUUUUUUGGAGUUCGAAAAUUUGCUUCAUUUUCGUAAAAAAUUAUUUUCGUAUGAAAUAGUAAUAUACGCAAAAAAUAAUAGUGGGGGCCCCGAAAUACGGACGUAAUUUGCUGGUGCUUGGACCUCGUCCUGUAGUCAGAAGGUCUGCAUGUUGUGUUUUCCUUUAGACACCGAAUGGAGAUUAAGUUUUAAUUGGUAAAUUUUCUGUUCAUUAAAAAUCGAGAAAAAUUUGGCAAAAUAUUUAAAAAAAUGUUUACUCAUGUCAAGUAUGAAAAAAAAGUACUUGUGCAGGAGAAAACCACACAGAAUCUGAUUUUUUGGCAUGAAAGGGAGCUGAAGAAAAAAUGAGCAAGAGCACAUCUUGUUAUACUUUGCACAGACAAUGAGAAUAAAACAAAAAAAGUAUCAAAUUAUCCUGUUUUUUAAUACCGCGAAUUUGAGUGAAGUUAUCAUGAUGUUCAUUUCAAAAUGUUCGUGAGCAUGAAAAAAAAUUAGUUUGUUCAAGAGAAAUCCCCAUUAUGAAAAAUUCAAUUUUUCUCGAAAUGUUAGGAAAGUGUCCAUAUCUCAAAAUAUUUUCCGGAUGUUAGGGCAGAUUUUUGAGCUUAAAUCGCCCGUAAGUCGCAGCAUAUGAACUCGGAGUGUACGCAUGUCGGGGCC